UUUUGCUGAACACGGAAGUGCUGUGUACUCAGCUGAGCUCCAUCUCUGCACAUACAGGAGGGGAGGACCUUCUCGAAAACGAAGAUAUUGUCAUUUUUUCGGACUGACUGGCUUGUGUAUUGACACUAAUGAUGUUUCGUUUGCGGGCACUGUCCGCAGUUUCAGUGGGGCUAGCACAGUUGUCCCGACGCUACCACAGUGGGGCAGUGAGAGGGUCUGGUCAGAGGAGGCUGAUGCUUGUAGCUCUGGCUGGAGUAACUGGCGUGUCUGCCAGUGCUGGGCUGCUGUGGAAAAGAGCAUAUGCAGACGCUGGGUCCUCUGUUCGACACACUGGACAACCAGGAGAAGAGGAAACUGAUUUCAUGAAGGGUACAGUCUCAGACACUGACUCGGAGAAAUCAGUGGAGACCAGCAGUGGAGAUGAAGAAGGGGAGGGAAAAAAAAAGAAGCCCCGCUCUGGAUUCCGUGACCGCAAGGUGAUGGAGUAUGAGAACAGAAUAAGGGCCUACUCCACUCCAGACAAGAUUUUCCGUUACUUUGCCACACUGAAGGUCAUCGGCGAGCAUGGAGAUGCUGAGGUUUACAUGACGCCCCAGGACUUCAUACGCUCCAUCACACCUAACGAGAAGCAGCCCGAGAAUCUAGGCCUCGAUCAGUUUGUUGUGAAGCGCUAUGAUGGGAAGGCUCUGCUAAAGACAGCAGACGCCGUGCUGUUAUCUAACAGUUUUUCUCCUCCUUCCUCCUCCUCUGAAAUGGACUCCUUGCAGACGGAGAAAAUCGCCCAGGAGAGGGAGAAGUUUGCAGAUGAGGACAGCAUAUUUUUCUCACUGGGAGAAUGUGGCCUUAUCUCCUUCUCUGACUAUAUCUUUCUCACCACUGUGCUGUCCACUCCCCAGAGGAACUUUGAAAUUGCUUUCAAGAUGUUUGAUCUCAAUGGUGACGGGGAGGUGGACCUGGAGGAGUUUGAACAGGUCCAGAGCAUCAUACGGUCCCAGACCAGCAUGGGCAUGCGACAUCGCGACCGCUCCACCACAGGGAACACCCUGAAGACAGCCGGCUGCAGCUCUGCUCUCACCACUUACUUCUUUGGAGCAGACCUGAAGGGGAAACUCACCAUUGGUAGCUUCCUGGAGUUUCAGAGGAAAUUGCAGCAUGAUGUGCUUAAACUAGAGUUUGAUAGGAAUGAUCCGAUGGACGGCAGAAUCACUGAGAGACAGUUUGGCGGCAUGUUGCUGGCCUACAGCGGAGUCCAAUCUCGUAAACUCAAGCAGAUGCAGAAGGGGUUGAAGAAGAUGUUUAAGGAUGCACAGGGCAUCACAUUUGAGGAGGUGGAGAAUUUCUUUACUUUCCUAAAGAACGUGAAUGAUGUGGACACAGCGUUGAGUUUCUACCACAUGGCCGGAGCCUCCAUAGAUAAAGAACGGCUGAUGCGUGGACUGGAGAAACCCAAGGACAUGGGCUUCACUCGGUUGGUGCGAGCCAUGGUGAAGUGUGCCCAGGACACUGCCUGGGACUUCGCCACACCCAAAACAUAGGAGGCAAUGUGUGAGCAAAGGAGACGGACAGCAUGUGGGGGAAAAAAAACAACAACAACAACACGUCAAGCAUUAAAGGCAUCCUGCUUCCACAGGUCUUGAGAAUUUAAAUACACAAUUAAUGCCAUGAACUCAUUAAGAACAGCGGCUCGGUGGGGCAUCAUCAAUCAUUAACGCUGUUAAUGUAGUUCAAGCUUUCAAUACAGUGACUGAAGCAUGCUGACACAGCGCUUCGUGUCCGAGAGGGCCUCUCUAAUAUGCCUGUCUAAGAAGGCAUUGUGGGUAUUUGUAUAUAUUUAAGUAUACCAUCAAACGUCGUAGAAAAUACGUAUAUUUUUGCCAUAUUCUUUAGAGGAAUGCAGUGUCGGUGGAUGAACUGUUUUUCACUAAAAGCAGCACUCCAAUAUCUUUAUUGAACACAUUUUACUGCAAAGGGGAAGACGAGAGGUGAAUCAAUCUAAUGUGACCUUCAGCAGUUCAAAUGCUGCUGAAUGGCUGUUCUGCGCUGACAUCAGAAUUUAAUGUUUCUUUGGAUGGACAGACCAAAAGUCUAUAAUCUUGUCAGCACCUCUUCAAUCUGUUAGCUCCCACGGCCACUUUACUCGCGACACUUUGCCCCGAAACGAUCAAGAAGCUUGACUUGCUUUAAAAUGUACUGUUCACUGUGUAUUCUUCAGAUUAACACUUUAUAUAUAUAUAUAUACGCUGGUGUGUGAUGAAAGAAAUGCUUUAUUAAAGAUGUUUUAAAAAAAUAUACAACUGA